GAUCUGUUUUGAUGUAAUUCCUGUCUUAAAUAAAUGUUAUUAAUGUGCAGUGUGAUUUUGUUCCAUUAAUGUCAAAAUUAAUGUCAUACUUCAGAAAUGAGCAUUCAAAGUAAUCAAAGAGAGACUCGUGAACCCCAAUAUAAAAAAAGUCCCGUUGAACCGAUUCAUGAGUUUCGGCAUCUUGACCCCUCGAAACCCAUUGAAUUGCCUGAAACGGCCUCAAACCGAAAAUGUACCGACGUUUCAUUUCUUCUAGUGUUCCAAAUGUUUCAAAUCGUUUUCAUUAUCUCUUCUGUUUAUAUUGCGUGUGUCAGCGACUUAAGAAUAGGAACACUUGGAACCGAUGGUUGUAAAAAUACUUGUGGAAUGAAAAAUGUUGUGAAAUAUAACAAAACAUGUCCACUGGAAGACUACACGUACGCUCCAUUUGAGCUCAAAUCUGAAAAAAAGUGUGUUUCAUAUGACGAAUGCAGAAUGAGGAAUAUGACCAUUGUAAAUUUUGAAUGCUUAAAGUCUCACAAUUUGACCAAAAGUGAAAAUGAUUACUUAAUGUCCCAGAUUUCUUCGGAAAAAAUGCUCCUAAAAACUAUAAUAAUAUUUGUCAUAACGCCAAUUAUUGCCUCAGUACUAUCCAUAUUGGUCUUUGCUUCAUUUCGAAAAAAAACAUUUGCCACGUUUUACUUUUUCGCAAUUCUUUCGACUAUAAUUUUUCUUUUUAUAACUCCUGCUCUCUGGUAUGCCAUAUAUUAUCUUACUUUUACGGAAAAUUACAGAACGUCAAGUCUAUGGUAUCUUUACAUCAUAGCUGUGAUUUGCACAGUAGUUACUAUUUCUCUACCAAUCAUAUUUUUCUGGCGCCGUCGCAAAACCAAAAUUUUGAUUCAAUUGUAUCGAGAAGCGACUCCUGCAAUUUUUAAAUCACAUUACAUGCUCGUUGCACCUUUACUCGCAACGUUGGUUAUAGAAAUACUAGCAAUUAUCGGCAUCCUUAUGUACCUUUAUGCCCAAAGUGUGAAAAUUCCACAAAAUUCAUCCUUCCCGAUUGAGAGAACGUUUUAUGUUGGUUUCAUGUGUUUUAUGGCCUACUGGAUAUUUACAUUUUCCAUAGGAUGUCAAAAUAUGAUGACGGCUGGAGCAAUUGCAAGUUAUUACUUCUCAAGGGACAAAAAUUCUUUGAAGAACCAAUAUUUAAAAUAUGCCAAAAUAGUGGUUCGAUAUCAUUUGGGUACCAUAGCAGGUGGCUCUUUAAUAAUAACAGUGCUAUCAGUAGUUAAAUUCUUGAUUAAUCAGUUGCGAGACCACAGUUGUGGUGAUGCAAUUUUGGACUGUUUCUGUGAAUGUAUGGAGGAAUUUCUGCAUUAUAUUAGUGUCAAAGCGUACAUAAUGACAGCAAUCCAUGGUAGAAAUUUCCUAAAAUCGGGCAAAAGAGCAGUUCGGAUGAUGUGGAUCCACUUUUUAGAUUUGAUCCAAGUGGACGGAUUCAACGCUGUAGCAAUGUUCUCUGCUGGUGUUAUAAUUGUUCUCAUUUGCCUCUUUAUUUCAUGUGCUAUUAUCAAGGAAGAACAUGUAAGUUUUUUACUUGUCACUUUCAUCGGAACACUUGUAGUAGCAGGGGUUACUCUAUAUUUUUUCUUCUCAUUGAUAAGCAUUUCUAUCGCAACAGUAUUUUUGUGCUACUGCGAAGAUAGGCAUAUGCACGAUGGUACAGAUCAACCUUAUUUUAUGAGUCCACAACUUGAAGCAGCUGUGAAUGAAGCCUUGGAAUUCGCUGCUGCAAGAAGGGCGGCAAAGGGACUUCAGCGGGAGCAAAACACUCGCCAAAUUGCACAAAACAGUCCUCAAAAUAUUUAGCACA